GCCUUUUUAGCAGUUGCCAGCGAAGCUUGUGUCGCUGUGUUCAAAAAUAAUAUGAGCGCGUGUUAGUUAUUUAUCUAAAGCUUUUUGUGACACACGGGAAAAUUGUUAAAUAGUGUACUGAAAACCCAUAUGGAUUUGAACAGCGUGUUGACGAUGGACUAAUUCUAAAAAAUAAACAAUGUUAUGGUGAUUUUAAAGAGUGUUUGUUAGUAAUAGAUUGUAAUUGAGGUAGCUAUGGCAAUGGCUAAUUUUAGCCUGUGUUUGGUUCUAAUUCUAUAUCAACUCUCAGCAGUUUAUAGCAACGAAGCGUCUUCGGAAUUGUUGGAUCUUGGAUUGGCAGAUCCAAAACCAGAGGGAGAAGUGGAAGGCGUCAGGUGCUACUGUAAUACGGCGCAAUGCGUGAGCACGGGAUACAUGUGUCGGUCAAGGAAAGGCGGUGGCUGCUAUAGCGAGCUACCACCCAGGAGACACCAUGCAAGACACGGCUGUCUACAUCAUUUAGCUGAAAGAGAAGAAGAAGCGCUAUCCCACUGCCAGAACACGCCGUCCUCUGGAGGUCCACCCCCACGGGAGCACUCCUUGCUGCUCUGCUGCUUCAGAGACCUGUGCAACCAUGAAGACAGCCCUAUAGCCAGGGCACGGCUCAACCUUACUGCUAAUGAUUUAGAAGGCAGCGCAGUGGCCAGCGAGCGAGGCGCCAGCUACAACGGCGAGGUGUGGUUCAAAGCGGCGACCAUCGCGGUGCCCGUGUGCGGCGCGCUCAUCCUGUUCCUGCUUGUGGCCGUCGCUGUUCGACUGCUGAGAGCUGAUGCGUUGUUGCACGCUGAUAGGAAACUGAGAGGGGGCUACAUAACCCCGCCGCAGCACAGCUCGGACGACGUAAAGAAAGUAUGGGUGGGUAACUCCGCCCCCCUGCUCGUGGCCCCCGGCGGCUGCCUGGUCGCGGUGGAGCGCGCGCAACUAGUCGACAUGCCCGCGCCGCUCUGUGAUAUACAACGAUAGACUGUACUAUGUAAUCUCCGCCCGCUGUCCGUGCGCGACUCUGAGACUCGUGUGCCUUGUAGUAGUUGCAGCAGUUGACGGUAGAUGGCGCUGUUAUAAAAAUGUAUUGUUUGGAAAUGAACGCUUGUUCGGUUUUUGAUUGUAAGUCACUCUUGCAGCUAUUACGAAUUUGUAUGUAUAGAUAUUUGUAUCUAAGGAUUUUUGAGAAACGUAAAUUUUGUAUUAAAAUGAAUCUUUAUAUUGAUCUCAUCAACGAACGUCGCGUCACGGGACAGCUGGCUUGUAUACCAAAUCUACCAUAUGUAUAUUUAAUGUUUUGUUAUUUUUAUAAGCUUCGUGUUCCUUUAUUGUAAAUGUAAUCGACUAUGUGUAGACGGUUUUUUCGAUCGGUAAACGCUCUGUUACCACGAUUUUUCUUUCUUUCUUGACUGACAAUAACAAUAGGACAGAAUUACAAGACCCUGUCAAUUAUGAGGCUGAAAAAAAUACAAUGUACAUUCAAAAUUUAAUAUUUUCAUAUAAAAUUAUACAAGGGUAAUAUUUUGAUAUAAUAUAUUUAAUUAAUGAAAUCCUAAGGGGCCAUAUCACCGGUUUUAUACGGUCAUUAAAUCAAAAAAUCCAAGUAAAAAAAAAAAACAAAUUUAAAUUUUAAUGAUUAUGAUCACAUUGCUUAAUUUGCAAGGAGCAAAUAUUUAAAUUUUACUACUUGUUAACAGUGAUUGAUUUCAAAGAUAUUACUAAUUAUACUACCGGUAAUUAUGUAAAACUUAAUGUGUUUAAGUGCCUCUAUCUCCCUCUAACCCAUUCUAUCGCAGCACACUAUCUCCUUCUAAACAUAUCACCCUAUAUAUUACCAAUCCAACAAAAUAUAAAUUAUGAUUCAUAACAUUUAACUUAUCUACCAGCAAGCAAAGGUUUUUGAACUUAUUCUGAGCUUUAAAAAAGGAUUUUAGAAACAAAAUAAUCACCAUCGUAAAAUAAUAGAACAUUGACCAAUUGUACAUAAUAUAGUUAUGUUAGUUGUUACCUGUUAUAUAAUUCUAUAAGCCGUCGACAUUUUGCUAGUCUCGUAAUCUUUUUAUCAGCGUAUUUUACUUUUAUAUCAAAUAUCAUAUUAAAAUCAAUCAAUAAUGGACUCCGUCGCCAAAUUGUAAAUUUAUGUGUAAAUAUAAUAAUUUAGUUUAGUUAUUUGGCAAUAAUGUGCACCAAUUUAUUAUAGAUCUUAACACAAUGGUUAAUGCGUGAAUUAAGGAUAGAUUUUGUAACAACUUUACGUCCAUUUUUAGUACAAUCCGUUCCAUAAUAAUCAUUCUAUGAAAUUAUCAUUACUUGUCUUAUAAACUGUUUUAUGGAUAAUUUAAUAAUUAAUUGAAGAAAUUAUGUACGGUAUGGAUGUUAAAAAUGGAUCAAGUAUUAAAAUGUUAGUACGUAAAUACCUUGAACGUUGUUUUUUAUGUCUGGUGAGGUUUUUCGAAGCCAUGUACCAACACAUGACACAUGUUACGACAUUGACAGAAGGAUGACAAAUACCGCUUGCUUAUUGGCUACCGAAUUUUUGUAUAUUUUUAUGUAUCAACGUUCGAGAUAUUUGCGUGAAAGUAACAAUUUACAAUUUUAAAUAAAUUUUUAGAUGACUUCUCAGUUAAAAUAAUGAAACACGUGAUAAUAUUCUGUAACUAACUCAUAAGAACUUAUAAUAGGACACGAUUUAUAGUGUUAUUUAUUUAAAAUGGCGUUGCGCUGACCAGUGUUAUAAGAUUAAGGUUGACAUAAGCUUCCCUGAGGUGCCUUAUUAAAUAAUAAUAGGUGCGUACGUAAAUACUCUUAUAAUAAUGAAUGAAUAUAUCUGCAAUGUGUAAAUAUGAUGUAUAAAAUAUUGAAUAAAAUGAAAUUAUUUUAUUA